UUUCAACCUGCGUGAAGCCAAAUUCCUAUAUUAUAUACGCAUAGAGGAGCAGUACCAGUGCGACAAAAUCACAAGACUCACUUGGACACCGAAAGCUCUUUCUUUUAUUUGUCCGUUCGUAUUCUAUGUUCUCUUCUCUCGUGUAAUUACAGAAUUUCCAAGCCUUACAAAACUAGAACUUGAAGAUCAUUCGAGCUCUCUCGACGAUCCUGUAAUGGAAAUAUCUAAAAAUAUCGCCUUCAAUGCUACGUGGUAGUCGCGAGUUAAAAAGUCGGCAACCUUUCGGCUCAAAGAAUAAGUGAUGAUGGCGGUGACUUCGGCCUGCAAAGAGGGUAAAAUGGGGAUGAUGGACAAUGGAAAAUAUGUGAGGUACACGCCGGAGCAAGUUGAAGCUCUGGAAAGGGUCUACCAUGAUUGUCCAAAACCAAGUUCACUUCGCCGGCAACAGCUGAUUCGCGAAUGCCCAAUUCUCUCUAACAUUGAGCCAAAGCAGAUCAAAGUCUGGUUUCAGAACCGAAGAUGUAGGGAGAAACAGCGAAAAGAGUCCUCUCGUCUCCAAGCUGUGAACAGAAAGUUAACAGCAAUGAAUAAGUUGUUGAUGGAGGAAAAUGAUAGGCUGCAAAAGCAAGUGUCACAGUUGGUGUAUGAGAAUGGCCAUUUUCGUCAACAAACUCGGAAUGCAAAUCUUGCCACCACAGACACAAGUUGUGAAUCGGUGGUGACACGGAGUGGUCAAAACCACUUAACUCCUCAGCAUCCACCAAGGGAUGCAAGUCCCGCAGGACUUUUGUCCAUUGCAGAGGAGACUUUAACAGAGUUUCUGUCAAAGGCCACUGGAACUGCUGUUGAGUGGGUCCAAAUGCCUGGGAUGAAGCCUGGUCCGGAUUCCAUUGGAAUCAUUGCUAUUUCUCGUGGUUGCACUGGAGUGGCAGCACGUGCAUGUGGCCUUGUGGGUCUAGAACCUACAAGAGUGGCUGAAAUCCUCAAGAAUCGACCUUCAUGGUAUCAUGAUUGUCGAGUUGUGGAUGUUCUUAACGUGAUGUCUACUGGAAAUGGUGGAACCAUUGAGCUACUUUACAUGCAGCUCUAUGCACCAACUACUUUGGCUCCUGCUCGUGAUUUCUGGUUGUUGCGCUAUACAUCUGUUUUGGAGGAUGGAAGCCUUGUGGUCUGUGAAAGAUCACUGAACAACACUCAGAAUGGUCCUAGUAUGCCACCUGUGCAGCAUUUUGUCAGAGCAGAAAUGCUGCCAAGUGGCUAUCUGAUAAGACCCUGCGAAGGGGGUGGAUCGAUCAUCCAUAUUGUCGAUCAUUUGGAUUUAGAGCCAUUGAGUGUACCUGAAGUGCUGCGCCCACUGUAUGAAUCAUCAACCUUGCUUUCUCAAAGGGCAACCAUGGCAGCGUUACGCCAGUUGAGGCAGAUUUCGCAAGAGGUUUCUCAGCCAACUGUCACAGGUUGGGGGAGAAGACCUGUAGCUUUACGUGCACUUAGCCAGAGACUGAACAAGGGUUUUAAUGAGGCUGUUAAUGGGUUCACAGAUGAGGGAUGGUCGAUGAUUGAAAGUGAUGGCAUUGAUGAUGUCACCAUUCUUGUUAACUCAUCUCCUGGCAAAUUGAUGGGUGCGGAUCCUUCUCAUGCUAAUGGAUUUCCAUCUAUGAGCAAUGCAGUGUUAUGCGCCAAAGCAUCCAUGCUUUUACAAGAUGUGCCUCCUGCAAUACUUGUCAGAUUUUUGCGGGAACACCGAUCAGAAUGGGCAGACAGUGGUAUUGAUUCUUAUUCAGCUGCUGCCAUCAAAGCUGGUCCUUAUAGUUUGCCUGGGACUCUAGCCAGAAGUUUUGGUGGACAGGUUAUUCUUCCAUUGGCUCACACUAUUGAGCAUGAAGAGUUCAUGGAGGUCAUUAAACUUGAGAAUUUUGGCCACUAUCGAGAUGACGUGAUUAUGCCUGGAGACAUCUUUCUUUUGCAACUUUGUAGUGGAGUAGACGAGAAUGCCGUUGGUGCCUGUGCAGAACUCAUCUUUGCUCCAAUUGAUGCCUCUUUCUCUGAUGAUGCGCCUCUUCUACCAUCUGGUUUUCGCAUCAUUCCUCUUGAUUCUGGGAUGAUGAUGCAGGAUGCCUCUAGUCCAAAUCGUACACUUGAUCUUGCAUCUGCUCUUGAGGUUGGACCAACUGGAAAUAGAGGGUCCGGUGAUUAUUCUGGCCAUGGUGGGAGUGGAAAAUCCGUUAUGACAAUAGCAUUUCAAUUUGCAUUUGAGAUUCACCUUCAGGAAAAUAUAGCAGCUAUGGCUCGUCUGUAUGUGCGAAGCAUCAUAGCAUCUGUUCAGAGGGUGGCAUUGGCACUCUACCCUUCUCGUUUUAGUUCUGAUGUUGGUUUGCGGCCACCCCCAGUCCCUCCAGAAGCACACACAGUUGCUCGUUGGAUCUGUCUCAGCUACAGGUGCUUUUUAGGUGUGGAGCUAAUUAAACCUGUUAAUGAAGGAAGUGAAUCGAUUCUCAAGACACUUUGGCAUCACUCAGAUGCUGUGAUGUGUUGCUCUUUGAAGGCAUUGCCAGUUUUUACAUUUGCAAAUCAAGCAGGACUUGAUCUUCUUGAGACAACUCUGGUAGCACUUCAAGACAUUGCUUUGGAGAGGAUUCUUGAUGACCAUGGAAAAAAGACCCUCUUCUCUGAGCUCCCACAGAUCAUGCAGCAGGGUUUCGCUUGUCUUGAAGGCGGUGUCUGCUUGUCAAGCAUGGGAAGGCCGGUGUCCUAUGAGAGAGCAGUUGCUUGGAAGGUAUUGGAUGAUGAAGAAGCCGCUCACUGCAUCUGCUUCAUGUUCAUCAACUGGUCUUUCGUCUGAUAUGCUCUGAACACAAAGAUAGGAUUUAGAACAAAACUAGAUUAGAACAUCUCACCCUUUUUGUCCUCCCGGUAUGGAAUGACCCAGAAGUGCCUCCACGCUGUUUAAGCAAGCUGCAUUCAAGGCAUUUCAGGUUAUUUCUCGGUAUCCUACACUUUGUAUUUUGCUCUGACCUUAAUUUAUGAAUCUUCAUAUACUCUUUUGCCUUUUCUUUUGCAUUUUAUCCGUGUGCACAUUGUAUAUCUAAACUUAAAUGACAUUAACAACUCUCUGAUUGCUCAGCGAAGGGGAAAAAAUCUUAUUUUCAGACGUGUUAAUUGUGCCAAUGUCAUUGUUUAAUCUCCA